AACAUCCCCCAACCUUUGGCUUAUCUCCCAGUUCACCUGACCUUUUUCAGCACCCAAAAUUCUAUUUUCUCCCCGACCCACCAUUAUAAACCCCUUUAUUCAAGCAUCUAGACUUGAUUUCCCUAUCUUAUGGUCCCCAGGGCCGUAUUUGCCGAUUAUACUUCUUCGUUUUGCGGGUGGUAGAAGGCACACCUCGUUCCCUAUUUCUUUUCCAUUUGCCUUCCCUGUCCCUCCCCUUCCUCUCCGCCCCCGCCCAUCAUAGACUCCCUCCUCCCUACUCGGGUGACGCAGAAACUUUCUAGAAAUCCUUCCCAUCGGCCUUUGCGUUUCCAACAUGGAGGACCUGACGGUGGAAGUGCGCGGCUCUAACGGAGCUUUCUACAAGGGAUUCAUCAAAGAUGUCCAUGAAGAUUCGCUCACGGUUGUUUUUGAAAACAACUGGCAGCCAGAACGUCAGGUACCAUUCCAUGAGGUCCGAAUGCCCCCCUUACCUGACAUAAAGAAGGAAAUAACAGAGGGAGAUGAAGUUGAAGUGUACUCCAGAGCUAAUGACCAAGAACCGUGUGGAUGGUGGCUUGCAAAGGUCCGAAUGAUGAAAGGAGAGUUUUAUGUUAUUGAGUAUGCUGCUUGUGAUGCUACGUACAACGAAAUAGUCACAUUUGAGCGACUUCGACCUGUAAACCAGAAUAAACCUGUAACAAAGAAUUCUUUCUUUAAAUGCACGGUGGAUGUUCCCGAGGAUUUAAGAGAAGCGUGUGGGAGCGAAAAUGUGCAUAAAGAGUUCAAGAAGGCAGUAGGCGCCUGCAGAGUUUAUUUUCACACAGAGUCUAAUCAGUUAAUGAUAUUGUCUGCAAGUGAAGCAACUGUGAAGAGAGUAAACAUACUGAGCGACAUGCACUUGCGCAGCAUUCGAACUAAACUAAUGCUUAUGUCAAGAAAUGAAGAAGCCACCAAGCAUUUAGAAUGUACAAAGCAGCUUGCAGCAGCAUUUCAUGAGGAAUUCAUCGUUCGAGAGGAUUUAAUGGGCCUGGCCAUAGGGACUCAUGGAAGUAACAUCCAGCAAGCCAGAAAAGUUCCUGGUAUUACAGCUAUUGAGCUGGAUGAAGACAGUGGAACGUUUCGAAUCUACGGCGAAAGUGCUGAGGCAGUUAAGAAAGCCAGGAGUUACUUAGAAUUUGUCGAAGAUUUCAUUCAAGUCCCCAGAAACCUAGUUGGAAAAGUCAUUGGUAAAAACGGAAAAGUAAUUCAAGAAAUAGUGGAUAAGUCUGGAGUGGUUAGGGUGCGGAUUGAAGGAGACAAUGAAACAAAGUUACCCAGAGAAGAUGGUAUGGUUCCUUUUGUCUUUGUGGGCACCAAGGAAAGCAUUGGCAAUGUCCAGGUUCUUCUAGAGUACCACAUUGCCUACCUAAAAGAGGUAGAGCAACUUAGAAUGGAAAGACUUCAGAUUGAUGAACAACUUCGUCAAAUUGGCAUGGGGUUCAGACCAUCUUCAAGCCGUGGAACAGAGAAAGAGAAAGGUUAUGCAACUGAUGAAAGCACAGCUUCAUCUGUCCGAGGAAGCAGAUCAUACAGUGGGAGAGGCCGGGGCAGACGGCCAAAUUAUACAUCUGGGUAUGGUACGAAUUCUGAACUUUCAAAUGCUUCGGAGACUGAAUCUGAAAGAAAAGAUGAGCUUAGCGACUGGUCCCUGGCUGGUGAAGAUGAUCGUGAAAACCGUCAGCAGAGGGAUAGCAGAAGGCGUCCUGUUGGAAGAGGACGUAGCGGAUCUGCUGGCCGAGGUCGAGGAGGGUCCAGAGGUGGCAAGUCUUCAAUCAGCUCUGUGCUUAAGGAUCCAGACAGUAACCCUUACAGUUUACUCGAUAACACAGAAUCUGAUCAGACAGUCGAUACUGAUGCAAGCGAGUCCCACCACAGUACUAACCGCCGCAGGCGAUCACGUAGGAGGAGAACUGAUGAAGAUGCUUCUCUAAUGGAUGGAAUGACAGAAUCUGACAAUGCGUCUGUUAACGAGAAUGGCUUAGAUGAUAGUGAACAAAAACCCCAGCGACGCAAUCGUAGCCGCAGGCGUCGCUUCAGGGGUCAGGCAGAAGAUAGACAGCCAGUUACAGUGGCAGACUACAUCUCAAGAGCAGAAUCUCAGAGCCGGCAGAGAAACCUACCUAAAGAAACCCAGGCUAAAGGUAAAAAAGAAAAGGUGAAGGAUGUCAUUGAAGAACAUGGUUCAGAAAAGGUCAUAAAUGGCCCGAGAAGUUCCUCUCGUGAAACAAUUUCAAAGUCACAGUCCACAGCCCCAGAAAGAAACUCUGAAAGCUGUCAAGAUGGAAGUAACCAAGAAGCCAUACUGAAUGGGGUGUCCUAAAAGGAAGUUCCUAGUUUACAGUUCCUUUACAUUACAUUUUACAAUAGUGCUUGUACAAGCUUGCCAAAGAUAGAUUAAGGAUCGCCAGUCUUUACACCACACUUUCAGUUCCUCCAUUUGGAAUAAAGAAAGGGGAGGGAUCCUGACACGUUAAACAUAAGUUGAUACCUACUGUGUUCUAAAAACAUCAUCAGAUGUGCCUUGAGAUAGUAUACAAAACAUUAAAACAAAAAAGAAAAAAAAAAAGAAAAUGUGCUGGCUAUAGGAUUUCUUUUUCUUUGUUUCAAUUAUGACAUUGAUGGGGGGGUGGGUGGGCGGAAUCCUGCAUUAUAUUCAUUCUAAAAGCAUUAGCUGCUUUUGUUACAUUUUUAAUAAUAUGCAACCACUUCUGCACAAGAGGAAAACUAGAAAAAAAAUGCAGUCUGAAGUAUUUUGCACUGAAUUGUAGCUUCUCCAUUGAUUGGGUCUGGAAACUGGUCAUUUUAAUACGUGUUUAUUUUUUUUUAUUUUUUUUUUCCUUUUAUGAAAAAAAAAUGUAUGGAUGAAACUGCAGACCACUGGAACACACCCACAAAUAUUAAUCUGCAGUGAUAUUGGCAGUGACUGUUCUGCAUUGGAGCUUUGUUUGGUUUAUUUAUUAAACUGUACAGUAUUUAAAAAUCAAACUUAGCUAUAAACACUAAAUCGAACAUAGUGUCCACAAAAGACAUAAUCCUAACUACUGAAAGAUCAAUUUCCAGAAUGUUUAUUCUGUAUAAACUGCAUAUGUUAGUCCUUAGUGUGGUAUUUUUUAUUUUUGUUUUGGUUGUUUGAUGUGCAAUAUGUUUUUUUUGUUUUUUUUUUUGUAUGCAGGUAGUUAAAAACAAAAAAAAUCAAAAUAGAAAAAAGCAAACAAAAAAUAAAGUUUGAUCUUCCAUCUUUGAUUAUCAGCCUAGUUUCCUGGGGGAGGUAUGAAAGCUAUUAACACCUCCAUUGUUUAUGCCUCCAGCAGUGGAGAGGUUAACGUGUGAACGUAUGUAAAUGAAAGGUAAUUCACCUAUCCAGUUUGAUUACAAAAGAUAAAGACUAAAGUAGGUGUUGACAAGUGGUUUAAUUCUUGUAUUAUAAAAAGUUCCAUUUAAUUUUCAUUGAGCAUCAAGUCUUCUGAAACUCAAUUUGAACCUGCUGAUGUUGGCCAAAUGUGUUGGGUGCUGAAGAAAACUGGACAGAAAUCCAUCAAAUAAACAUCUUUCCAGCACGUA